GUAGUAGCAGCAGCAGCAGCAGCAGCAGCAGCAGCAGCAGGACGACAACGACGAUGAUGAUCACAUGCUUCCUAUAAGUGGGAUACGCGAGAAGAGCGUAGUUUGCUCGGUAGUUGCCUGCUCCUGGCGCCACCAUCAUCGCUGCUGUCCGUCUCGGAAAAGACUAUCGAAGUGAGUGACUCCCACCGCGAGAGCUACAACAACACACUGGAUGCUGUAUUCUACUUGUAUAGAGUUUGUUGUUGUUGUUGUUGAAUGAGUUCCUCAUUGAGUAAGUAAGUAGUCGAUCAACCUCCUUCAAUUGUAUGUCGACAUUCGUAUUGUUGAACGUGAAUACCCAUCCCUUCAUGACGCAGUUGGAUGUUGCGUUAUCGUGUGCAAUCGUUGUUACCGCCGCGGGCGCUAUAUUUCUACUAUUCUCUAUAGUUUGGCGACUACGGUUUCCUUCGGUGAUGUGUUGAUGUUAUUGGCGCCACUGGUGCAAGAACGAUCGCCAUCGUCCCCACUUCACUACAGGCUGCUAUUUGCAAGGCGAAACUGCCUAGUUAAGCUGACUGAACCGACCGAUAUUUCGAGUCUGGCUCAGCAACGCUGUGAGAACGUUGCUGCAUUCCGCCGUCUUCGUCGUCGUCAUCGCCGCAGCACCAGCAGCAGCGGCGGCAGCGAAGCCGUACCGCCUACAGCAUCACCAUCAUCAGCGACAUCGCGGCGAUCUCUCUAUCGGCUGCGCUGCUGCGAUCGGUGGUUAGUCGCUGCGUCUCUGUGCUGCAUGGAACCAGUAGAGGCUGGAACAGAGUGCCUCGCUGCCUACCGAUAGCCACGAACCUGACUCUUCUCGUUAUCGCUUUUGGUUUGUAUCUGUGCGUGACUGAAUAUUGCCCCUGGGCUUCGUCCGUUAUUCACGGAUUCAAGUGGCUCAUUGCUGGCUUUAGCGUCUUUAGCACUGGCAGUGAUCAACGCUACGGGACUUGGCCGUAUUCAACCAUUACUCUGUUGUGAGUAACAAAUGUAAAGGGGAAGAAUACCAUCCAUCUGUCCGCCUGCUUGGGUCACCGGUUCGUAUUGUAUAGUUUUCGCACUGUAGGUGAUCAACUGUGAUUGUGACUGACUUACUAAGUACAUCUUGAGUUGUCGUUUCAAUGAUGCUCGUCUUGGUAAAAACAAAAAAAAACUUUUCUCUUGUAAGCCAUAAGCCUUUGCAGGCCAUUAAAGGGCAACAGUAGCAUUAACUUGCAACGACAGCCUAAUAGUACUGUUGGUAGCAGCGAUACGAUUCUACUUCACCAUAGAGGUUGUCGAGAUACGCGCACACCCGCCACACGGACAGAGAGAAGGACAACGGGUGCCAAAGGCAGACGACUAAAAUUACUCACAAUAAUAAUAGCAGUGAUAAUAUUAAUAAUACUAAUAAUAACAAUUUUAAUAAUAAUAAGUCUAACAAACUACGUACCGAGCCGUUACCGCGGAACGAGCGGAGCGGAAGUCAAUCAACAAGUUUUCAGUUCUUUUUCAUCUUUUGCGUUGGAACUGUGUGUCGUAUGGAGAUCCAUAUCGUAGCUACAAUUUCCUGUUUGCUAUCAGCUCCAUGCAUGGACAGAUAUUCUUUAUUAGCACUAAUACUACCGUUACAGUUGUGCUAAACGUGUUAUCUUUGUGGCCGUUGUCAUGUCAACGUACUGUUCGAACACGGAGUAGGAUUAUCGAUUUUACCAUCUCGUUUAUCGUGCAGUUUUUAUAGUUUGUGCCGUGCUAUCUUAAACGCUUUUUCACACUUCUCCCUUUGACGGUGAGGACUUAACGCGAAUGACUCUACGUCGUGUCAGUGCGUGAACGAGUUACGAAUCUAGUGUACAAAAGCUUCGACGGAGGUUACUGCGUGUAAUAGUAGUUGUAAAGGUAGUAGUAGUAGUAGUUAAUGAAAGAAGCUGCUACUCUAUUGCUAUUGAGGAAGCCGGACAAGAAGGAAGAAGGGGCUCGCCGUAUCUGUUAAUAAUCUCGCUGAUGUUUCUAUUAGCGGCGUUAGGAGGUUAGCCAAGUGGCCAGUGAGCAGCGAAUGUUCGUUAUCAUUGGCGGUGUCAACGGCGGCGUUUUCGUCGCCGCCAUCGUUUGUCUUGUCUCGUAGAAUUUGCUGUUACGAACGCGUUGUUGGCAUCAGUCGGCAACGUUGUUGGUCUCUCCCCACGCUUAGGCUGCCAUAGGGCUCUCACGUCUGCGUGUCGUCGUCGUCGAUCGGAACGUUACCAGCUGUUCUGUUGUUUUGUAGCAGUGACUACUCCUGCGACUAACAGAAGUCUCAAGCUGGGCGAUGCAGUGUGCUUGUUUUCGAUGUCACAUCGUAUCGUCACUGGUACGAAUACACUAAGGGGAGCUUCAUUCCAAAAUUCACAUAAGUUUUGGUCGAAUAUUUACGACACUGGGGUAUCCGGUGCUUGGCGUGAGUGUGUUUCAUGGCGAUAGAGAUCGGGCGUAAGGCCCUAUCCAAACUGUCGUGCUUUCUAUCAUCGGCCAAGAUCAGCCGCUGUGCGUCCCCGCCGCAAAGUCCUCGGGACGAUCCGGCCGCCGGUGGCCUGGGGGUGCGUGGAGGCCAGACCGUGGCGGCCCUUAGCAUGGAGGCCGAAUUCGAUGAGAUUGAACGUGCCGGGGAUUGGCAAAAAAAGUACGUCGACCUGCGACUUCAAAGUACUCCAAAUCCCAACCCACUCGCUGCUGAAAGUGGGGUCCUGUUUGCAGAAGCGAAAAAGCUCGACAACCGCAAGCUCAACAGGUACACGGAUGUGCUGGCAUUUGAGCACUCGCGUGUUGUCCUAUCUCGGGGAGAUGUAGACUAUAUCAAUGCAAACCAUUUAGUCUACGAACGGGCCCGACGAAGCUAUAUAUUGACGCAAGGACCCCUUCCAGAGACAGUUGGACACUUCUGGCUAAUGGUAUGGGAACAACGGGCGCCUGUCAUCAUCAUGCUCAACAAGAUCAUUGAAAAGCAACGACUCAAAUGUCAUAAAUACUGGCCAGAUUCUGACGAACCGCUUGAUAUCGAAGAACUCGAACUCAGUGUCGAACUUCUAUCUGAGGAUGAGACCGAUAGCUACAUUCGGCGCACGAUGCGUUUAGCAGAUGGCAAAAGUGGCGAUAGCCGCGAUGUAAUACAGUUCCAGUAUACUGAAUGGCCAGAUUUUGGUGUUCCGAAUAGUCCUGACGAUUUUCUUGAAUUUCUCGAACUUGUACGCGGCUCAGGUCUACUCUCAGGCAGCGAAGGAGAUAAGGAGAAAGGUCCUCCGGUAAUACACUGUAGUGCUGGUAUUGGCCGAUCUGGCACCUUCUGUCUUGUGGACUUGGUUCUUAAAAUGCUUGAGGAUGGUACAGUAAAGGACAAUGGCGAUAUAAAUGUACAACAUAUCUUGUUAGAAUUGCGCAGAGACCGAGUGGGCCUAAUUCAGACUCACGAACAACUUAGGUUUGCGUAUCAAGCUCUCAUCGAAGCUUCUAAACGCCAACGUGGCGAAUCUACCUCUUCCGCAUUCAGAAGUAGAACUUCUUCUGCUGGUGGUAAAAGUAGCCAUAUCACUAGUGGAAGUAAAGAUGUUAAAGAACCAAUGGAAACUGAACAGACUGGCUGUAACGGCGAUGUCCGGCAUCGGGUUGGUGGGCGGCGUUCACGACCGGGCGAUGCUGAUGAGAAUGACGAAAAUCGAAAAAUCGUUACAGUGGGCACAAGUCAGGACUUUGUCGUUGGUGCGGAACAAAACGACGUUGUUGACGAGGAUAAUAUUGUGCUUCCAACAACAGCAGCUGUUGCAGCAAUUGUGGCUCGUGAUAACAGCGGUUCCAGGAUUUCGAAAACGGCUGCCACGAACGAUCGGACAGCCAAGAUAGACGGAGAAGCAGCAGUUGAACGAACGUGUAGCAGCAGCACCAGCAGCAGCAGCAGCAGCAGCAGCAGUGAACACAUGAACACCAACGGUCCUGAACUCGACGUAGAGACGAUGCAGGAAAAAGCUGGAGAGCAGAGGGAUGAGGAGCUUCAGACCGAAGCGGAGGAGGGUGGCGAAGAAGAAGAAGGGGCGGCUAGCGACGGCAGUGGCGCUGAGGACGAGGCUUCGUCUCCACAGAAACGCGCCCACCACCGUCUCAGUCUGAACAACUCGGACUCGAAGGAGGAGCCGAUCCUGAAGAGAACCAGGAGUCAGGACGAGUAGUGUCUGUGGCUGACGCCUGUAACCAGGCCAGUGGUGCGCGCUAUUGCCACUGCUGUACAGAAGCCCUGUGGCCUUCUUGCUAGUUGCUUCACUACGAGUGUGCGCGUCAGCUGAGCCAGGAAUCAACCAGAAAUCAUAAAUCACUACAGCCAAUCAUGACCAUUAGUACCACAAUAACCAUUAUAGCUACAACGAAUAUUGUUACACAAAAAAGGACAAGAAAAAUAUCCCACCCACAACAUCAUAAAUCGCGCUAUGAAAUUCGGUAAUAAACAAUCGACAGCUAACCCUAAUCUGUCCUUCAUUCAUGCUAUAAACAGACAACAAAACAGUGUACGUAAUUUCUUUAUUAGCGUUUUUAUGAUAGAAUACAGUAGAGCAGAUUCUAAUCUCCCUCAUUGAUUAAAAAACAACAAUUUAAAAACAGCACGUACCUCGCAUCUUUAGGAAGAUGGGCAGGCAUAUAUCGAUAUCUGUUCUAUAUGAUACAUGUACGCACAUUCACAGACAUACAAAGACGUGCAGACAUAACACCGCCGACACGAAACGAUGCAAAUAAAAAAUUGAAAAAAAACUUACAAUAAACAAUGUAAAAGGAAAACGUGAACACGUUAAUAAACCUACCAAUGCAUCUCAUCGUAGGCCACUGUGAGAAACUGCCAAAGGGUGAGAACAGGCGCCACAAGCUUAAAUAUAUGUGGUCA